ACAGCAUCCCUUAGAGAUCGUCAAAACAGCGGAGUAAAGUUUGGCGACUAGUUCUCUCUACCCAUCGUGGAAAUUAUGGAUGAAGAUGGAAAAUUCUGCUAUACGCUCAAAGCAAGAUGGUUAACAAUGAUGUUCAUAGAUCUUAUUUUUGGUAUAUCGGGAGUUGUUAUGUGCAGUUUGAAGUUGAAUAGUCCCCACGAUAGUUACUCAAGGAGUUUUUUGAGGGUUGCUCUUAUACUCACCUUUGUGCUGAUACUUUUUGGAGUGGUGAUCUCGAUUGCUCUGUACAAGGAAAACCAUAGAUGUGCUUUACUUUUUUCUAUGUUGAGUUUGACAACAAUCUCUACUACAACCAUCUACUCAGAAGCCAGUACAUCAGCUAGCUCAAACUUUUUGAUCCUCUUCUCACUAUUUGCUGUCUUCUUCAUUGGAUGGUUCAUACUUUACAGCUAUCUUCAAAUAUUGGUUUUAGAGAAAAAUACCGACAAUUCUUCUUUGGGUAUACCAGUAACACCAGUCUGAAUGGAAACUACGUGGAUUUUCGAUAUAACCAAAUAAAAUUCGUACCUUUUUAACUUGAGGAUGCAGAUAUUUCAUUUUGUAAACAGCCUUUUAAGUAAAACAAAAAAUUGAGAAUUUUUGUGCAUAUUUGUGUCCUGAGAAUGAUAUAAUAGGUAUAUAAUGUCCGAUGUACAAAAAGAAGGUGUUGUGGAGUGAUAUUAGAUUUUAACCACGAAGAUGUGAAAUAUACUUUGUACGUGAGAUGUAUUAAAUUGUAAUUUUGGAAA